AUCGAACGCCGCACUGGUUUUCUUGUGCUGGUCACGUCUGUCGGAGCUCAUCAAUGCAGUACAGACGACAAAGUGGAGGAAGGUGUAGGGAACGGUGAUUGUACCGUUUGCACUGUAGUGUGGCAUCGUAGACGUGAAGCGGACUCGCCGUCCAGGCUUCCAGAGGCGCUGACUAACACUCUCAACUCAGUAUGCACAGCCGACGGGGGAACGACUGCUGCCGCUUGGAGCCGGAGUCGAAGCCGUACCCUAAAGCUGUCUUCUUCAUCAUCGGCAAUGAGUUCUGUGAACGUUUCUCCUACUAUGGCAUGCGAACCAUACUUACUCUAUUCUUGAUAAACGUCUUGAUGUUCGAAGAGCACACGGCCAAGUCUGUGUACCAUGGCUUUGUCAUGGCCUGCUAUUUUUCUCCGGUGCUCGGGGCGAUGAUUGCUGACUCUUAUCUCGGAAAGUUCAGAACAAUAUUCUACAUAUCCAUCGUGUAUGCCAUCGGGAACAUCACUCUUGCCGUGUCUGCAGUGCCUGCUCUUGUGGACCACACCUGGAUUCCAAUGAUUGGCCUAGCAGUCAUCGCUUUUGGAACAGGUGGAAUCAAGCCAUGUGUGUCUGCCUUUGGAGGCGACCAGUUUCUGCCAGGGCAGGAGAGACAGUUGGAGCAGUUCUUCUCGCUUUUCUACCUCUCCAUCAACGCUGGAAGCUUGCUGUCGACAUUCAUAACACCGAUUCUGCGAGUGCAACGAUGUUUGGGACAGAUGUUUUGCUUCCCGCUGGCCUUCGGGGUUCCGGCGGCUCUGAUGGUGCUGGCACUGGUCCUUUUCAUGGUCGGAAAGCCUCUGUAUCGCAUUGUGCCCCCUGCUGGAAACGUCGUCGUGCGCGUACUACAAUGCAUAUGGCACGCGCUCUCGCGGAAGAUGCGCGCCAAGGAAUCCAGGGAGCAUUGGCUCGACCAUGCGGAUGACGUUUUUGAGAGAUCGCUUAUUGCCGACAUCAAGGACGUCCUGCACGUGCUUGUUCUCUACGUGCCGUUGCCUGUCUUCUGGGCUCUCUUCGACCAACAGGGAUCGCAAUGGACUCUGCAAGCAAACAAGAUGGAUGGCGAAAUUCUCGGCUACCAAGUCCUGCCGGACCAAAUGCAGCUGGUGAACCCACUGCUCAUACUGGUGCUAGUUCCUGUUUUCAGCUACGGCGUAUAUCCCAUGUUCAACCGGUGCAACCUACUUAACAGACCCCUGCAAAAGAUCACCGUCGGGGGUCUCGCUGCCGCUGCUGCGUUCGCUGUCGCCGGCUGCCUUGACCUGGCGCUUGAGAGUGGUGCCGAAGCCUCGCCACCAGCUGGAUUCGAAAAGCUCAUGUUUGUCAACACCCUGCCCUGUCCGGUUCAAGUGAGCGGCUCCGAGCUGGAACUACGGCUUCCACCUGGAAUGGCGCUGAACGAGCCUCAGGUGCAGGCGCGAGACACACUCAACGUGUUAGCGGCGCCGCCGUGCAACCUCACGGCAGCGCAACUCCAGGCGACCACCUCCGCGCAGGUCAUCCUGCUGGAGAGCAGCGAGCAAGCGGUGCUGCCCGUCCUGGUGCCCAGCGGCAAAUCGCCCAACAGCCACAACAGCCAACUGCUGGUCGCGUACACGCUCCAGGAGCCUGUCGCGGCCGUCGUGUUUGUGGGGGACUCGCCGGGGAAGGUGUACUCAGUGGCGCCUGUGCACCCCAACGCGGCAUCGUCGUUCACCAACGCUACUGGCCUGCCACCGGGGAGGUACACAACCCGGUUAUUGGGUUCCGGCAACAAGGAGGUGGCUGUGUGCGAUGUGGUCCUCAAGAAUGGCGGACACUACAGCCUGGCUGUCACGCAGCAGGGGGCCUCCUCUACGGAGACCAACUGCACUCUGCACGAGACUGUGCGUCCCAACAGUGUUUCCAUGUUCUACCAGAUUCCACAGUACGUGCUCAUCACGGCGGGUGAAGUCAUGUUCUCUGUGACGGGGCUCGAGUUUUCCUACUCGCAGGCACCCAGCUCUAUGAAGUCGGUCCUCCAAGCUGCUUGGCUGCUCACUGUGGCCGUGGGUAAUCUCAUUGUGGUCAUCAUUGCGGAGGCGAGAUUCUUCUCGGUGGCGUCAUCCGAAUCGUUCAUGUACAGCGGCCUCAUGACCCUGGACAUGCUGGUGUUCGGCGUCAUGGCCUGCUUCUACAAAUACAUCGAGCCAGCCUCUGUGCAUCCAUGUACAGAAAAGGCCCCACCGGUUUCGGAAGGCGACACGAAGAUGUAACCUUGUACAGAAUAUGAAUAAAUUUUUUACUUUUGCAA